GGAACGGCAAAGAAAACGCGUUUUACAACAGCUACGACGCUUUAACUAAUAGUAUGGUUACAGAACAUAACACCGAUUUUAACUCUCUUACUUGGGGAGACAAAGUAGAACUGGAGCUCAAUGCUCUAAAAGACACUACGAACAUAUGGAACAACACUUCCGAGGAAUCCCUCAAUAGGGAACAAGAAGAAACACAGCUUCCUCCAACAGAGGGAGACAACUGGAAAUCCACGAUAAACGAGGAGAAGCAAGAGGAACAGAAGUUAGAACAAGAAUUAAUGCAAGACCCGGUCGAAGAAACAGACCAAAAUACCCUCUUAUUACAGGAUAAAGUAACAGACAACAACUCGCAUAGAAGUUGGGCGGCGGCUCUUUUCCCCAAGCUCAAACGAGGAAGGGCCACCUUCUCGACGUUCUCUCCCAGAAACGCCAUCAAAUCUAAAAAUAACAAUGCCCUAAUCAUAGAUAUCCACAACAUUCAAAGUUCCUUUAAUGAAAUUAUGGCCUCUUUAUUCGAGUCAACCAAAUAUGAUAUUUCUGCCGCAAAAGCUCACUUCACAAAAGGAACCAGAACGCACCUAGAAGUUACGUUCAUAGACAAAGACAAACAAAGGCAUUAUGCCGCGAAGGGACUAGAAAUUUUACGGAAGACAUACUACGGCUAUAUUCCUGUCGAUACGAGAAAGACGUUCCUCCAGGUUAGGUGUAAAAACGUACCCCUUGGGAACAAAAACGACAUCACAGAAGCGCUCCGGGAAAGCUUUGGAAGCUUCGGAAAUAUAGUAUCGAUUAAACCCAUGUUAAUAGAAGGCACACCAUAUGUAUCCGACCAAUGGAUCAUUACCUUCGAAACAACCGAGGACCCAGACCUUGAAAAUAAACUCCCACGGUUCACACAC